UGAGCUGUGCCUAAGCUGGGAUUGAUGGAGAAUCCAAUUUAGGAAAACACCCUUUGAUGAAGAAAGCGUGAAGCAAAGAGGAAUUUUUGCACGGACGUUUCCAAGUGUGACAGGCACAAUAACACCAGGACCCUCUCUGGGAGGGCUCCUGAGGCACUGCAGACCUGUUGGCAUGAGAGGAGAGCCCUGAUUGAGCCCUGAGCAUCCGAGCUGGCUGUGGUUGAGGAUUAUAAGAGCUGUUUUGAUCAGGGGAAAACUUCCAUUUUUAGCACAGGCAGCAAUUAAAAUAGCUCGCGAAUCUCAACGCCUCGGGGAGCUGUCAUAAAAGGAGGCAGAAAAUCCGUCUUCUGGACUCCUCUGCAGCUAGAGAUGAGCCUGGAGGCAGCAGAGGAGAAGAGAGGCUGAGUUUCACCUGGUGAAAAAGGACAACCCCAAGACCUUGAGCCAGAUCCGCUGCUGUGAUCUCAAGAUGGCUGUGGAGGAUCUCCGGGCUUCCAGCACCCCUUUCUCGCUCUCCUUUUCGGGCAGUGGCUUCCUGGCGCUGUACCAGGUUGGGGUGGUGCAGUCCCUGCUGGAGUUGGCUCCUGAGCUCCUCAAGUCUGCCUGCAAGGUCUACGGCUCCUCAGCCGGGUCGCUCAUCGCUGCCGCCGUCGUGUGCGGCGUCGGCCUCGAUGACCUCAAGGAGUUUUUCUUUGCACUGGCAACAGAAGUCAGGAAAACCAUCCUGGGCCCCCUCUCUCCCAAGUGCAGCUUGCUGGCCAAUCUCAAGGCUGUCCUGCAGCGGAUGCUGCCGGAGGAUUCCUACCUGCUGGCCUCGGGGCGGCUGCACAUCUCGCUGACGCGGGUGGUGGACGGCCAGAACGUCAUGGCCUCGGAGUUCAGCUCCAAGGAGGAGCUCAUUCAGGCUCUCCUCUGCAGCUGCUUUCUUCCAAUUUACUGUGGAUUCAUCCCUCCAUCCUACCGAGGAGUGCGCUACGUGGACGGAGGCUUCACGGGCCUGCAGCCCGUGUCCAGCCUGGAGGAGCCAGUGAUCACCGUGUCCCCAUUCACCGGCGAGCUGGACAUCUGCCCCCGCGACUGCCCUGCCAUCUUCUUCUGCUUCCAGAUCUUCAACGGCAGCAUCCAGAUCUCCAUAGAGAACCUGUGCAGGAUCAGCUACGCUCUCUUUCCACCCAGUACCAUGGUCUUGAAUGACAUUUUCUCCCAGGGAUACCAGGACACUGCCCUUUUCCUGUACAGGAACAAUGCCUUUGGCUUUAACUACUUCGAUGGCAAUUUCCGCUUUGGCAGCACCUGUGGGAAGAAUGACUCUGGAAAAUCCAAUGGGACACACCCCGGCCUGUACAAAAGGGUCCCUCAGUGCCUGACCCCUUACUUCCUGCCAGGUUUGUGGAAGAAGGAGCAGGUGAAUGGAUUACAGGACCCACUUGCAAAGGUCCUGCUGCAGCCAUACAGGCUCCCAGCCUUAUUCAGGAAGGGGGUGAAUAAAGUGUGGGGGCUGCUGGAAGGUGUCAGGUCCCUGGUACAACGACUCCACAAGCUCCUCCAAACCUUGGUGCCUGGUUUGCCUAAGACAGCCGUGGACAGGAGGAGGUGAGGGGCUGGAGGGCUGCAGACCCCCAGCAUAAAGAGAGAAGGGUGCAGAGCUGGGAGACUUUGGGAACCUCACCCACUGGGUCACUGAUGCUGAGUGUGGCUAAAAACUCCAAAUCUGGAGAAACCCACAUUAAAAGUAGCUAUUGUUUUAUCCCUGUGAUAUUAUUUUGAUAUCUCAAGCUACAGCCCAGCUUAGUGCCACCUCCCUAGUGCAAUACAUUUGUGUUCCAGAUAUUUAUUUGCUGGGCUCUGUCCUGGCAGGACACCAGGCACAUUCACCAACACCUUGAAAGAUUUCUGGCACUAAGCUCUCAGGGAUAGGCAUAUCCCCCUAAAAUCUGCUUGCAAGUUCCCUCCUGUGCAGCUGCCCAAGAGACUCAGAUUGACUUCACCCUGUGGCAGCUGCAACCUCCUCAGCUGUGAGAAAGUCCUUUGGAGUCAAACAUUCUGGGGCUGCUCAUCCCUGUCAGUACUUCGACCCUGCCUUAGCUCUCACUUUGUUCCCACAGGUAGCAAGGUAACAAGGAUUGUCCCAGCGGGGCCCUGGGGGUCUCCAGCGCUGCCUCGGAAUGUGGUGGGCAGCACCAGCACACACCAGCAUGGCUGCUGGUUCUCGAGGGAAUAUUUGGGGAGUAUUUUUUUCUUCAGAACCUGUCUGGUUCUGUCUGCAGUGCUGCCAUUGCAGUGCCCCUGCUCAGGCCUCACCUGCUUUUCCAUCAUGGCUGAGGCAAAGCUCUGGUGCUGCUCCUGGGACCCAUCCCCGGCUGCAGGGGCCACGGGGCAGCUUUACCUGCAGACCCCAUAGCCCAAUCCUUUCCCUGCCCACUCCAUCUCCUCCCCACCAGCAGCAUCCCUUCCCUGCUUUAAUGCAGAUUACAGGGUGGGCAGUUGCCAGGAAAUGCCAAGUUUUAAGUGUUUUCUUCCCACUCAAAAACUUCAAGAGACAUACCUCAGAGAGAGAGAGAGAAGCCUUAGGGAGCAUCAUACUGGGCAGGAACUAAUUUUUCUACAGUUCCCUGAAGUUUUUUUACCAAGUAUCAAUUCUUGAGCUUCACACCUGCCCAUAGCCCUCCUUCUGCUGCCUGUGGAUAUGGGAAUGUAUUUGGAUCCCCUGGAACUUGCAGAAGUGCAGAAGGAUGGAGUAACCUAAAAAUUAACUUCCCCCUACUACGGAGUCCCGCAGGCUAAAUCUCUGACAUUUCACAAAUAUACGAGUUCUUCUCCUGCAAUUGUCUGUAACUCAUGGUCACACAGAGAAUGGCCCAGGCAAACACACCCUGUGUCACUGGGCUGCACACAGAAUUAAUUAGCAGCACUGUUAAUUCUCCCAAAACCGUGCUGCAUAUCCGAGGCUGUGGAUUGUCUUUGCCCCAAUCUGUGUCUCCCUGGUUUGUUGGUUCCCAACAGGCAACAAAUGGAUCCCAACAGCAGAAGCUGUUUAUUAGAGCACACAGCCUGUUUAAUUGCAAAAGGGAAAUGGAACAGAGGGAAGUUUCAUACAAAGGGUUGUGGAGACUGCAGGAAUGAAUGUGGGGAGUAGCUGAAGGCAGCCCUGAUGUAACCAGACUCAAAGUUAACUAGGAGUGCUGUGUGAAAGAACAAUAACCUGUGUUCUGCCAUCUUUGGUUGAAAUCAGUGACCUGGGAAUACAUUCUGUGGAAUGAGUUUGAUAAAGAAACCUGGAUGCUUAUUUCAUAGAAUCAUGAAAUGGUUUGGGUUAAAAGGGACCUUAAAGAUCACCCAAUUGCAACCCCUGCUAUGGGCAGGGACAUCAUCACUAUCCCAGGCUGCUCCAAGUGCCAUCCAGCCUGGUCUUGGACACUUCCAGGGAUCCAGGGGCAGCCACAGCUGCUCUGGGCACUCUGUGACAGAGCCUCUGCACCCUCACAGAGAGAAGGAAAAAUUCCUUCCCAAUAUCCCAUCUAACACUGCCCUCUGGCAGUGGAUAGCCAGCGACCCUUGUCCUGUGCUGGCAGUUCCCGAUGAGGGGUCCCUCUCCAGCUUCCCUGUAGCCCCUUCAGCUCCUUGAAAGGGCCGUGAGGUGUCCACACAACCUUCUCUUCUCCUGGCUGAACAGCCCCAACUCGCUCAGCCUGUCUCCAUAGGGGAAGUGCUGCAGUCCCCUUAUGACGUUCUGGCCCAUUCUGAUGGAUCCCGUUUGCAUUGGAUCCUGUCUGCUCCUGUCUUGCAUCCAGUCUGGAUGGAUUUGCACUUCUCAAGCACUGCAGCCAAAGGCAGCUGCUCCAGUCCAGCCACAGGGCAAAGUGGAAGGCUCAGAGACACCCAGGCCUCCCCAGGCAGGAACAAUCAGUCCAUCAUUUGCUUUUGCACCUCUGCUCCCUCCCACUUAUCCAACAGCUCCUUGUCCAGGCUGCUGCAAGCACCAUCCCUACGUCCAGGCAGGAUAUUACCAUUCAGUCAGCCUGAGGCAGCUACCCUAUUGAAAUGAGCAUUAAAAUCUGCCAGAGAAACUUCUCAUCUAGGAAUUGGACUUCCAAAUCCAUUAGAUGCAUCUGCAAACCUUAGACACAAACAGGAGCACAGUUUGAAAUGUUCCGGGGUAUCUCCCCUGCCCCAUCUGGUGCUUGAUCAUAAGCAAUUAGCAAAACAUUGUGAACUUUAUGAAAAAUCCAUCUACAAGUAAUCCCCAAAGUGAAAUGGUCUCAGCACAGAAUCCUCCUGCUCCAAACCUGCAGGAAUUAGGAGGAAAUAAGAAUUUAACAAUUUAAUAUUCCAGUCAGCUGGGUUUUGCUUUAUUAAUCCCUCAUCUUUUCAAGCAAGCAGAGCUGGUGCUGUCUCCUCUUGGAGACACGAGCUUGGAGCUAAUGGCAAUGGAGACUUUGAGAGAGGCAAUGGAUAGAGGCAAAGUUUGGCAUUGAUUGGAAUCAUCUUGUGCAGGAGCUUGUUUCACUGCAAGGAAGCAAAGUGGGAAGCCCAGCUGCACCCAGUGGGGAUAGAACCAGCCUGGAAUGCCUCCUCUAGGGGUGGAUGAUGGGAAUCAUCCCGGGCUGUGGCCCUGCCUGUGCUGUGGCAUUGCUGGCAGAGCCCAUGUGCUCCUCAGGGCAGGUCAGGCUCAGCCUUCAGGCUGGGUUCCAAGUUGCUCAUUGGUUUUUAAAGCAGAAGCUGGGGCCAAAGGCAGCAGCAGGCUCAGAAAUGCACUUCUGUGGCUGACCUGGUCCUAAAGGGAAUAAAAGCACGUUGGUCAGUCUGACAGACACCUCUGGCAGUUCCUGUGGGACAAAGUGGAUGCUGUGGGACAAAGUGCCUGUUGAGAGCUGCUUCCCUUCCUCCCGAUGUCUGAAGGGCAGCCGGUUUUGGUAUCCUCAAAGUAUUGCCCUUGUACCCCUGUCCUGUUGCUUGUCUCCUUCUGCUUGGAACUCAGCAGGAAUGUGAAGCCUGAGAUGGAUGGGAUGAGAGUCUGGAGACAAGGCAAGGCAGCAGAGCUCCCUCUGGAGCUGGAGCCCGCUGCAGCUCUAGAGGGAAGAGUCCUUGGGUCUGAUCCAUGAAACUGAGCCCAACAAAGCCAAGCACGUGCCCAGUCCUGCCUGUGGCUCUGGCUCUUGGCUGCAGGUGCUUUAUGCCAGACUCGCUUUCCAGUCUGGGCACUAAGGAGGUGCAAUUCCUUGUGCAGUUGUCCUGCUGGACACACAGAGAAGUGCUACUGGAUAACCUGCUAGUGCAGCCUGAGCCUCAUGGGAUUGCAGGCUGCAGACACUUGUCCAAGAAAUCAAGUACAAGUUGUUCACAAGUUUAUCCCCCUGCUGCUCUGGUAGCAUCACUGCUGUUCUGGCAUUGCGCAGAGAAACAGUGAAAGAGCCUAUUCCUGACCUUGAUCAGUAGGGCUUUUCCUUCCCAGAACUGGAAAAUGUGAUGUGCUUCUGCUGUGGAAGUGGAGCCUGGACUCACUCCUUGAUUGCUCUCUGGCCUAACAAAUGAGUCUUGAUUCCUCCCACAAGAGGAAUUUUUCACCUCAGGCUGGUUAAAAACCUUGCAGCCCAGCUGCAAAGCAGAGGCAGCAAUUCCUGACAGCCCAGAGCUGCCCAACUUCCAAAGAAACCUCAUUCCCAGCCUGUUGCUUCCAAAAGCUCCACAUAGGUCAGACUGAUGGUGCCUUUACAAAAGCAACCAGGGAAGCAACUUCUACAGCCUAACACUGUGUCCUGCAUUGCUUAGUGGGUCGAGAGUUGGCUUGUUUUCAAAGGAAAUAUCUUUCUUGAUUCCACUUUAUGUUUUCCAAACUCUCAUUUUUAGAUCUUAAAUGGUAAUGGUCCUAGUCUUUCCCAUUUAUAUUCCUUAUUUCUUCUAGCCCUUCAAGAUAUAUUUGAUUGUAACUUUUUUCAUUUUUCAUCUAAUUUAUGUGGCUGCAUUUUAAAUAAUCACCAUGUUGAAAAAGCAGAGUGAUUUCUAGUAAUCUGAUGAAUUCUGAAUUGUUGAAAGACUCAGAAGGAAAGAGAAAAUAAAGAGUAAAAUGGAAAUAAA